GGCUUUGGAGUUAAGCCCCUUUUCCCUCCUGCGCCGUUUAAUCCUUAUCCCGCUUCCGUCGCCGUCGCCAUCUCCGGUCACGCUUUUCAUCGUUCUCUAUCAUUUCCGAUUCUGGAAAAAUGAAUUUCUUUAACUCAGCAGCAUCCUUAUGCAGAAGAGUUAGUCUGAGGGAGCUGAUCACUGAGGUUCCUGCUUAUAGUGGCAGUAGCAUUUCCGAUGGUUCUUCAAGUGGGUUGAGUUUGGUCUUGAAGCGUUGGGCUACAAAGAAAACCGCUGGUUCUACAAAGAAUGGUCGUGACUCUAAUCCCAAGUUUCUCGGUGUUAAGAAAUUCGGAGGAGAGAAUGUAAUACCGGGAAACAUCAUAGUUCGUCAACGCGGAACUCGGUUUCAUCCUGGAGACUAUGUUGGGAUCGGGAGGGACCAUACUCUGUUUGCAUUGAAGGAAGGCCGAGUCAGGUUUGAGAAAAACAAGAUAACUGGUCGCAAAUGGAUUCAUGUUGAUCCAAAAGGUGGUCAUGUCCUUCACCCUAUCUACACCAAAGCUGCAGCUGCAAAAUCGACUAAGUUGGAGACAGCUUCAUCGUCGUGAAAACUCAUCGAUUCAAACCAAAGGUGUCUUCAUAUGAUCUCUUGACUAAAGAAGAUGAUGGUAUCAGAACAGCAACACUCAGUUUAAUACACUCUGCUGUUUUUUUUGUUCUUUGUUUGGAUUUUGUUGUUGGGCCUCUUUAAGCCAUGCAUAAGUUCAUAAGAGUCCAAAUCAUUUUUUGCGAAAUGGAUGUUUAAUUAACCCUGAAGCUUUUUUCUUUUCA